GCGGCUAGCGGACGCGGGACUGCGAGGAUCCCCUCCGCCCCCGACACCACCUCGGCUGCAGGCGCGAGAAGAGCUCUCGCGACGCCAUCAGGAGCAGGAGGGGACCGGCUCGGGCGGCUGCUCCGUCGGCCUCGGAGAGCGCGGGCACCGGGCCAGCAGGCCGCGUCGCGCUCACCAUGGUCAGCUGCUGGGACACCGCGGUCCUGCCUUGCGCGCUGCUCGGGUGUCUGCUUCUCACAGGAUAUUGUUCAGGGUCGAAGUUAAAAGGACCAGAACUGAGUUUAAAAGGCACCCAGCACGUCAUGCAAGCGGGCCAGACUCUCUUUCUCAAGUGCAGAGGGGAGGCAGCCCACUCCUGGUCUCUGCCUACCACAGUGAGCCAGGAGGACAAAAAGCUGAGCGUCACUAGAUCGGCCUGUGGAAGGAAUAACAGACAAUUCUGCAGCACCUUGACCUUGAACAUGGCGCAGGCCAACCACACGGGCCUCUACUCCUGCAGAUACCUGCCUAAAUCCACCUCGAAGGAAAAGAAAAUGGAAUCUGCAAUCUACAUAUUUGUUAGCGAUGCAGGGAGUCCUUUCAUAGAGAUGCACAGUGACAUACCCAAACUCGUGCACAUGACAGAAGGAAGAGAGCUCAUCAUCCCCUGCCGGGUGACGUCUCCCAACGUCACAGUCACUCUAAAAAAGUUUCCAUUUGAUGCUCUUACCCCUGACGGGCAAAGAAUAGCGUGGGACAGUAGGAGAGGCUUUAUAAUAGCAAAUGCAACGUACAAAGAGAUAGGACUGCUGACCUGCGAAGCCACAGUCAACGGGCACCUGUACCAGACAAACUAUCUGACCCAUCGGCAGACCAAUACGAUCCUAGAUGUCCAAAUAAGCCCGCCGAGCCCCGUGAGAUUCCUCCGUGGUCAAACUCUUGUCCUCAACUGCACCGUCACCACGGACCUCAAUACGAGGGUGCAGAUGAGCUGGAAUUACCCUGGUAAAGCAACCAAGAGAGCAUCUAUCAGGCAACGGAUUGACCAAAGCAAUCCCCUCAGCAAUGUGUUCCACAGCGUUCUUAAGAUCAACAACGUGGAGAGCCGGGACAAGGGACUCUACACUUGUCGUGUGAAGAGUGGGUCGUCAUUCCGGACUUUCAACACCUCUGUGCACGUGUAUGAAAAGGGAUUUAUCAGCGUGAAGCAUCGGAAGCAACAGGUGCAGGAAACCAUAGCAGGAAAACGGUCCUAUUGGCUGUCCAUGAAAGUGAAGGCCUUCCCCUCGCCAGAAGUCGUAUGGUUAAAAGAUGGCGUACCCGCAACGGAGAAAUCUGCUCGCUAUUCGGUGCAUGGCUACUCGUUAAUUAUCAAAGACGUAACUGCCGAGGACGCAGGGGACUAUACAAUCUUGCUGGGCAUAAAGCAGUCAAAGCUAUUUAGAAACCUCACUGCCACUCUCAUCGUAAAUGUGAAACCUCAGAUCUACGAAAAGUCCGUGUCGACCCUUCCAAGCCCACCUCUCUACCCACUGGGCAGCAGACAAGUCCUCACUUGCACCGUGUAUGGCAUCCCUCAGCCUACCAUCAAGUGGCUGUGGCACCCCUGUCUCUACAACCACUCCAAAGAAAGGAAUGACUUCUGCUUUGGGAGUGAAGAAUCCUUCAUCCUGGAUUCCAGCAGCAACAUAGGAAACAGAAUCGAGGGCAUCACUCAGCGCAUGACGGUCAUAGAAGGAACCAAUAAGACGGUUAGCACAUUGGUGGUGGCUGACUCUCGGACCCCUGGAAUCUACAGCUGCAAGGCCUUCAAUAAAAUAGGGACUGUGGAGAGAGACAUAAGGUUUUACGUCACAGAUGUGCCAAACGGCUUUCACGUUUCCUUGGAAAAGAUACCAACCGAAGGAGAGGACCUGAAACUGUCCUGUGUGGUCAGUAAAUUCCUGUACAGAGACAUUACCUGGAUCCUGCUACGGACAGUUAACAACAGGACCAUGCACCAUAGCAUCAGUAAGCAAAAAAUGGCCACCACUCAGGACUACUCCAUCACUCUGAACCUUGUCAUCAAGAAUGUGUCUCUGGAAGAUUCGGGCACCUAUGCCUGCAGAGCCAGGAACAUAUACACAGGGGAAGAGAUCCUUCGGAAGACAGAAGUUCUCGUUAGAGAUUUGGAAGCGCCACUCCUGCUUCAAAACCUCAGUGACCACGAGGUGUCCAUCAGUGGCUCCACGACCUUAGACUGUCAAGCUAGAGGUGUCCCUGCGCCUCAGAUCACUUGGUUCAAAAACAACCACAAAAUACAACAAGAACCGGGAAUUAUUUUAGGACCGGGAAACAGCACGCUGUUUAUUGAAAGAGUCACAGAAGAGGAUGAGGGUGUCUAUAGGUGCCGAGCCGCCAACCAGAAGGGGGUCGUGGAAAGCUCAGCGUACCUCACCGUGCAAGGAACCUCAGACAAGUCAAACCUGGAGCUGAUCACGCUCACGUGCACGUGUGUGGCUGCGACACUCUUUUGGCUCCUUCUGACUCUCUUCAUCCGAAAACUGAAGCGGUCUUCUUCCGAAGUAAAGACGGACUACCUGUCAAUCAUCAUGGACCCAGAUGAAGUCCCCCUGGAUGAGCAGUGUGAACGGCUGCCCUAUGAUGCCAGCAAGUGGGAGUUUGCCCGGGAGAGACUUAAACUAGGCAAAUCGCUCGGGAGAGGGGCUUUUGGGAAGGUGGUUCAGGCCUCGGCAUUUGGCAUUAAGAAAUCACCCACGUGCCGGACUGUGGCUGUGAAGAUGUUGAAAGAGGGGGCCACAGCCAGUGAGUACAAAGCUCUGAUGACCGAACUCAAGAUCUUGACCCACAUCGGCCAUCAUCUGAAUGUGGUUAACCUCCUGGGAGCCUGCACCAAGCAAGGAGGGCCUCUGAUGGUGAUCGUGGAAUACUGCAAAUAUGGAAACCUGUCCAACUACCUUAAGAGCAAACGUGACUUCUUCUGUCUCAACAAGGAUGCGGCCUUGCAUAUGGAGCCCAAGAAAGAAAAGCAGGAGUCAGACCUGGAGCAGGAGCAGAAACCCCGCCUGGACAGCGUCAGCAGCAGCGAGAGUUUCACCAGCUCCGGCUUCCAGGAAGAUAAGAGUGUGAGCGAUGUGGAAGGAGGCGAGGAUUACAGUGAGAUCUCCAAGCAGCCCCUCACCAUGGAAGACCUGAUCUCCUACAGUUUCCAAGUGGCCAGAGGCAUGGAGUUUCUGUCCUCCAGAAAGUGCAUUCAUCGCGACCUGGCAGCACGGAACAUCCUUUUAUCUGAGAACAAUGUUGUGAAGAUUUGCGACUUUGGCCUGGCCCGGGAUAUUUAUAAGAACCCUGAUUACGUGAGGAGAGGAGAUACUCGACUUCCCCUAAAAUGGAUGGCUCCCGAAUCCAUCUUUGACAAGGUCUACAGCACCAAGAGUGACGUGUGGUCCUACGGAGUGUUGCUGUGGGAGAUCUUCUCCUUAGGGGGUUCUCCAUACCCAGGAGUGCAAAUGGAUGAAGACUUCUGUAGCCGCCUGAAGGAAGGCAUGCGCAUGAGAACACCGGAGUAUGCCACACCUGAAAUCUACCAAAUCAUGCUGGAUUGCUGGCACAAAGACCCCAAAGAAAGGCCCCGGUUUGCUGAACUCGUGGAGAAGCUCGGUGACCUGCUUCAAGCCAAUGUCCAACAGGAUGGUAAAGACUACAUCCCCCUCAACGCCAUACUGACUAGAAACAGUGGCUUCACAUACUCGGUCCCCACCUUCUCGGAGGACUUUUUCAAGGAUGGUUUUACAGAUCCAAAGUUUCAUUCUGGAAGCUCUGAUGAUGUGAGAUACGUAAACGCUUUCAAAUUCAUGAGCCUGGAAAGAAUCAAAACCUUUGAGGAGCUUUCACCAAAUGCCACCUCCAUGUUUGAAGACUAUCAGCUGGAUACCAGCAGUCUGCUGACCUCCCCCUUGCUGAAGCGAUUCACCUGGACUGAGACCAAGCCCAAGGCCUCAAUGAAAAUAGACCUGAGAAUAACUAGUAAGAGCAAGGAGGCGGGGCUUUCCGAUCUGCCCAGACCCAGCUUCUGCUUUUCCAGCUGUGGCCACAUCAGGCCUGUGCGCCAGGAGGAUGAAGACGACCCUGAGCUGGGGAAGGAAUCCUGCUGCUCUCCGCCCCCAGACUACAACUCCGUGGUGUUGUACUCCUCCCCGCCUGCCUAGUGCUUCUCACACGCCCCGGACAGCAGCCUCUGACAGUAUUAUACAUAUAUGAGUUUACACCUAUUCCGCUCCUCGGGAGCCAGCUGCUUCUCGUGACUUUUAAUCGUGCUUUUUGUUUUGUUUGUUGUCGCUGUUUUGACUAACAAGAAUGUAACCCCCAGAUAGAGCCACGUGAGGAAAACACUAUUGUUCAAUCCUCGUGUGACUCCUCCUUAGAGAAAUUCUUUCUAAGUCCAACGGCUCACCUGCUUCAACCCCCCAAAGCCUCAGGGUAACUUGGACCGGAAGGUGCUGGUGCCGCCCCGCCCACGCUGGCCAUGGCCCCACCCACCCUCCCUGCAGUAAGCCAUUAGCUCAGAGCAGCGUGCUCUGGGUCCCUUUCUGAGGAAAGGGAGAACAGAGCAAACGAGAGAGGCACAGGAAAAGGCGUGGGCUGCAUCCUGUGGAGCCGAUGCAGGAGAGGGCUCUGCUCUGCCACUUCAGUGACUUGUCACUUCUGGCCUCUGCUUUUUCAGGCCCCCUUCCAAGAGGUUACAGAGCAGAACGUGUGGGGUGUUUCCCAGACCAGGGGGCACAUGUUCUCGGGAACCACAGUAAAUCUUAAAUCUUUUCCCGGGAGUCUUCUGUCUCUGUUCGCCAUCCAAAGCACGUUUAGUAUGUGUCAGUGAGGGUGGCGCUUGGCUCUGCGGCCAUACCCACCAUCAGUUUCUCUAGCGAGAUGCACUGAGGUCAGACCCACGCUUGGAGUCCUGACCUUAGCAUACUGCUCACACGGGGUUAAGUGGUCCAGUUUGGCCUAGUAAGGUUGCCUACCAAUGGGCUCAAAAGCCACCUUUUAAACAGGCUUCAUUUCAAGUAUUAAUAUACAGACAAGACACUUUUGCAUUACCUUGCUUUAUAUAGUUAGCUAUCCAGGGAAGCUGGGGUGAGUAAUGGUCUAGAAAAGGGUUUUCUCUGUACCCAGACCCGGCUCGAUGGGCUAAGACCUGGUAAGACAGAGUGGGUGCUCCAUGUGUAAUCGCCAAACCACACACCCGAAGUUGGCACCUCACCACCUUUUACUUCAUCGUGUUUCCCCUUCUCAAGGCAGUCUGAGAGGAGCAGAAGAGCAUCAGCCCAUGUUUGGUAAGCACUUUAUGCUCCUCGACAGAACAGGCGGUGUUCUCUACAGCUCUCUCUACAGCUGCGACUCAGGUUAGUCAGUGAGCCAUCAAAAGGAAAAAAAAUCUUUUCAUCUGUUUCGGACCUUGCCUGGGGUCUAAAGAUGAUGGGGACAGGGUAGAAAAGGGAAGACAGGGUAGAAAAGGGUGCCCUCUCUUUGGAGUCUAGAGAUUGUGAUCCCUGGGUCUCUAAAAUGGCUCUUAGAAGCUGUGUGUGCAAAUUGGGGGGUGGGGUUGUCUGAGUGUUUAGGUCGUGUGCACCUGCUGGAGCCUCUCGGCUGGGCAGACGAUGAAUAGCUGCUUCGGGAGAGCGGACCACGCUUGACGCUAAGCUCUCUGCCCUGAACGGUAGCAUGUGAGCCUGCUUCCCAGUGUACCACAUCCUUGAGGUUCUUUGUCUGAUGAGACUGGAGACUCAGCGCGAGCCCCAUCGAGGCGGUCUGCAGCCCACGGUGGCCAGGAUUAGACACGAAAGAAAGGGCUUCCCCAGCCACACUGGAGAUAAAGAAAUCAGGUAGGGCCGGGCAAAGAAAUCUUUGUUCAAUUAGAAAAGCUCUUGUCCACUGCGGUGGGUAAAUCAGGGAUUAGACAGAGUCUACCAGAGAAACGGAUGCUAUAGCCAGCAUCCUGUGAUUUCUCAGCCAAAUAUCCAGCAAUUAGUGGGGGAUAGCCAGUCCUGUAUUAUUCCAAUUUUAAUCAUCCAAUUCUUAAUCAUUAAGACGCUUUAGUAAAUGUCCCUUUUCCACAAAAGUAAAGAAAGCCUAUUGGGAUUCUCUGGUUCUGUUUAAGGACAGCUUUGGAGCCUAUGGAAGUUGAUUAGCCAGAAAAGAAAGAAAGAAAGAAAGAAAGAAAGAAAGAAAGAAAGAAAGAAAGAAAAUGGUUCCUCCUGAGUUUUUAAGGUAGGAAGAAAAAUGGAAAUCUAUAAAGACAGCCAUACCUAGGUGCACUGUGCCUGUUCACCAAAGCCAGCAUUGGAUGGUAAGAGUCUUGACAGUGACAUUAAAACCCUUUGCCAUUCAAGGCCAAGCAGUUGGAACUAAGGAAGAGCAAACAUUUCUCCUAGUGUUUGGGACGGCCCCUGUGUGACUAGGGAGCUGAAGCCUCGGGAAAGUCUAAGCUAGCCCGAGGCGGAUCCUUAGGGGACAGAUCUGGUCGAGCCCCGUUGCACAGGUCUUCGAGCAGUGAAGGGAGGCAGCUCAGUGAAGGGAGAGGGCACCUCUGACCCACAGUGGUAGGAACUGUACGUGUAUGUGUGUAUCUGUAUGUUUUGUGCAUAACUAUUUAAAGAAACUGGAAUUUUGAAGUUACUUUUAUAUGAGUCAAGAUUAUAUGCUACAGACCUGAGACAUGAUCUGGCCACACCUUUCUAGUCAUGAUGAAUGUAUUUCAUAUAUUAUCUUCAUUUAAUAAAAUUAACUUUCAAAACCAA